AUGCCCAUCCCCUUCUCCUUCGCCUCCCCCUGCUACGACCGCAUGGUCCCCCUCGCCACGGGCGAGGUGCGCCCCGCGGGCCUGGACCUGCACUUCGUCGAGGUGCAGCACCCGCGCGACGUGUUCGACCGGAUGGUGCGCAACGCUGAGUUCGACGCCUCGGAGCUGUCGAGCAGCGAGUAUAUCACCCGCCACGUCGCCGGCGAUCGCGCCUUCACCGCGGUGCCGGCCUUCCCCCUGCGUACCUUCCGCCACGGCUACAUCGUCGUCAACACCGACCGCAUCAAGGCCCCCGCCGACCUGUCCGGCAAGCGCAUCGGCGUCCAGCUGUACACCAUGACCGCCGCCGUCUGGAUCCGCGGCCUGCUCAUGCACGAGUACGGCGUCGACCUGUCGAGCAUCACCUGGGUCGAGGGGCGCAUGGACGCCCCCGGCGCCCACGGGAAGCCGUCCGUCCUGAUCCGCACCGAGGGUGGCCGGCCGUUGGCCAAUAUCGAGAAGAACGAGAGUGGGAAGUCGCUGAACCAGCUGCUGGCGGACGGGGACAUCGAUGCCACCAUCGGCGCGGAGGUGCCCAGCUGCAUGUGGGACAACGAGACGUCGCCGCACAUCCAGCGGCUGUUCCCCGAUUACAAGGAGGCCGAGAAGGCCUACUACCGCAAGACGGGCAUCUUCCCCAUCAUGCAUCUCGUGGCCAUCCGUCGCGAGGUGCACGAGCAGCACAAGUGGAUCGCCACCAGUCUGUUCCAGGCCCUGAACGAGUCCAAGGAGCUCGUCCGGAAGAGGACCUACAUGCCCGGCAUGAUCCGGUGCAUGCUGCCGUGGCUGCGCGAGGCCCUGGAGGAGACCGUCGAGGUCUUCGGCGAGGACUGCUGGCCCUAUGGCAUCGAGAAGAACCGCAAGACCUUGGAGGCCCUGGUGCAGUAUCUGUACGAGCAGGGCAUGAUCGAGAGGGUCGUCAAGGUCGAGGACCUGUUUGCUCCGGUGCAGGAGACCCCGUUUGUGAUCCAGUAA